UACUACACGCGUGGUUUUCUGAAAGUCUCAUUUGUUAAAAGUAAAGUAAGCUUUGUAUCGUAUUCAUUUUAACUUUGUUACGUGUAUUCACACAGGGAUGCCCCGCCUCUUCUGCUGCUGCUCUUCGACUUGUGGCCAAAACACCACCAGUACUGCGAUUCUGUCUGACAGCGAACACAGAAGACGAAGGCUCUUUAGAGAAUGAGCGUUUGAACAAAAUACUUCAAGAAAAACUUCAUAUUUCUCGGACGAGCCACUAGGACCAAAGGAAUUGGACAAGUGACUUAGAAGUACAACUAUGGUUGAACCAGUAGGGUUUGUGGAGGCUUGGAAAGCCCAGUUUCCUGAAUCUGAUCCGCCAUGUAUGGAGUUGAAUUCUAUGGGAGAUAUUGAACAGGAGUUGGACAAAUGUAAGACAUCCAUCAAAGAAUUGGAGAAGGAAGUAAACAAAGAACGGUUUAGGAUGAUCUACCUGCAGACCCUGUUGGCAAAAGAGAGAAAGUCCUAUGAUGGCCAGCGAUGGGGGUUUAAAAGGAUUCCUCAGACAAGUGAUGGAGACCUUCCCGCAGUGCCAGACAUCCAGAUGUCUCACAAAGAGGAAGUGUUAGUAGUACAGCCACAGACAGCACCUGGGAAGACAGGUAAGCGGUCCCCAGAUACAGAAGGAGAGGUUGAGGUUGCCAAACAGAAAACCGGUGAGACACCUGCCCGGCAAGAGUCAGACUUUUCCGAAUUCCCGGUAGGACCGGGUUCAGUGGCGGCUCUGAGAUCCAACUUUGAGCGCAUCAGGAGAGCCAACUCUCACACAGGUGGUGAUGGCAGAGGGUUUUCGGUGACUGGAGGGCCAGACAAACCUUUCUACGUGAAUAUGGAAUACCAUUAUGAACGAGGACUGGUUAAAGUUAACGACAAGGAUGUCUCAGAAAAGAUCAGCACACUUGGCUGUCAGGCCAUGCAGAUGGAACGCAAGAGGACUCUUUAUUCUGUACCAGGGAACCUGUCAGCCACCACAGGGGACAUAAACAAGUGCUUUCAGAGGGGCCGGUCCACGGAGGGGACAUGCAGUUACACCGGGUCAUAUGACGAACCAGAGGUCACCCAUCACUUCCUGAAAGAUGGUUCCACUGGAGGGAAAUCUGAGCCACAGCCAAUUGAGUGCCAACCGUACACUAGCGUGUAUGUUGGGGGGAUGAUGGCUGAGGGAGACACUCGGGUGAUCCACAUUAAAGACCACAGCAUAGACGAGAACACUCACCUAACAUGGCCACGACGCUCUUGCUCUCCCAGCGGCUUUGAAGACGACGGAGGAGGAGGAUACACACCAGACUGCAGCUCCAAUGAGAACUUGACAUCAAGUGAGGAGGACUUCUCCUCAAGCCAGUCCAGCCAUAUUUCUCCCAGUCCCACCACCUAUCCGAUGUUCAGAAACAAAAGUCGCUCACCUUCCCAGCAGUCGUUUGACAGCAGCAGCCCACCCACACCCAUCUCCCAAAAACGUCUGAAGCAGCAGGUGGAGGUGACCGAACAGAUCAGAGGACAUAAAGCAGGCCAACCUUGGCCCAGUGAUGGGGAGUCCACCACAUCUAGCAGGACCUCCCAUGACAACAGUGUUCAAGGCGAUCUGGAUACCGAAGCUUCGCCGUCAUUUAAUUAUGACUUGGAACACUCGGAAGAACAGUCUUGUCACGAUGCGCUCUCCCUCACUGGCUCUCCUCUCUCCUCACCUAAACUCCGCUCGAAAAGUCGAUGCAGCCGAGACACGCAGUCAUCUGGUUCCCUGGAGUCUACGCUGUCGGUUGAACUUGAUCAGGAAAAAGGUGUGGAGAUGAGGAAAUGGGUUGUCUCUGGAAUCCUGGCCAGUGAGGAGACCUACCUCAGCCACCUAGAAGCACUUUUGAUUCCCAUGAAGCCUCUCAGGGCCGCAGCCACAACAUCCCAACCAAUGCUGACCAUCCAACAGAUUGAGACGAUUUUCUUUAAAGUGCCAGAGCUCCAUGAGAUCCAUAAAGACUUCUACGAUGCUCUGCUCCCUCGUGUGCAAGACUGGAAUUACCAGCAGUGUGUGGGAGACCUUUUCCAGAGACUGGCCAGCCAGCUCGGAGUCUACCGGGCAUUUGUAGAUAACUAUAAGGUUGCUGUGGCGACAGCAGACAAGUGCUGCCAGGCCAACACGCAGUUUGCACAGAUAUCUGAGAAUCUCAAGGUCAAAAGCACUAAGGAUAGCAAAGACCAGUCAGCCAAGAGAUCCCUAGAGACUCUUCUCUACAAGCCUGUAGACCGGGUGACACGCAGCACACUUGUUCUUCAUGAUUUAUUGAAGCACACUCCCGCCAGUCAUCCUGACUAUCCACUGCUACAGGAUGCCCUGCGCAUCUCGCAGAACUUCCUGUCCAGCAUUAAUGAAGAGAUCACUCCUCGAAGACAGUCAAUGACAGUACAGAAGGGAGAGAAUCGUCAACUUCUGAGGGACCGCUUCAUGGUGGAGCUAGUUGAAGGUUCCAGGAAACUCCGUCAUGUCUUCCUCUUCACUGACCUGCUACUCUGUACCAAACUGAAGAAACAGGCAGCAGGGAAAGGACAACAGUAUGAGUGCAAGUGGUACAUUCCACUGGUCGACCUGACCUUUCAGACCAUUGAGGACUGUGAGUCGACCCCGAUCCCUUUGGUUCAGGAUGAGGAAAUUGAUGCAAUGAAGAUUAAACUGUCCCAAAUUAAGAAUGAAAUCCAAAGAGAAAAGAGAACUGCCAAAGGACCCAAGGCGAUGGAGCGACUGAGGAAGAGGUUAUCAGAGCAGGAGUCUUUGCUUCUCCUCAUGUCACCAAACAUGGCUUUCAGAGUGGCGAACAGGAAUGGCAAGGGCUUCACAUUUCUGAUCUCGUCAGACUAUGAACGUGCUGAAUGGAGGGAGACCAUUCGUGAGCAGCAGAAGAAAUGUUUCAAGAGCUUCUCUCUGACAUCCCUAGAACUUCAGAUGCUUACUAACUCAUGCGUGAAACUCCAGACUGUCCACACUAUUCCACUGACAAUGAACAAAGAUGAUGAUGAAUCUCCCGGACUGUACGGCUUCUUGAAUGUCAUUGUACACUCUGCAUCAGGUCUCAAACAAACCUCAAACCUUUACUGCUCUCUUGAGGUGGAUUCCUUUGGGUACUUUGUCAACAAAGCCAAAACGCGCGUGUACAGGGACUCGACAGAGCCUAGCUGGAAUGAGGAGUUUGAGAUUGAGCUGGAAGGCUCCCAGAUGCUGAGGCUGCUCUGCUAUGAAAAAUCUUGCAACAAACCCAAGCAGAGCAAAGAAGAUGGAGAGAUGACUGACAAGAUUAUGGUCAAAGGACAGAUUAAGUUGGAUCCACAAAACUUGCAAAACAAAGACUGGCAGAGAACAGUCAUUGCUAUGAAUGGGGUUCAAGUCAAACUUUCAAUGAAGUUUACCAGCAGAGAGUUCAGUCUCAAGCGCAUGCCUUCACGGAAACAGUCUGGCGUGUUUGGGGUGAAAAUUAAUGUUGUAACAAAACGGGAACGCUCUAAGGUUCCCCUCAUUGUGAGGCAAUGUGUUGAGGAGAUAGAGCGUCGAGGAAUGGAGGAAGUGGGUAUCUACAGAGUGUCGGGUGUUGCAACUGAGAUCCAAGCUCUUAAGGCUGCCUUUGAAUCUAACAACAAGGAUGUGUCUGUGUUUAUGAGAGACAUGGAUGUGAACGCCAUUGCUGGUACGCUGAAGUUGUAUUUCCGCGAGCUGCCGGAGCCUCUUUUCACUGAUGAGUUAUACCCCAACUUUUCUGGAGGCAUAGCACUUUCUGACACUGUGGCCAAGGAGAGCUGCAUGCUCAACCUGCUGCUUUCUCUACCAGAACCCAAUCUGGUCACUUUUCUCUUUCUGCUUGACCACCUGAAAAGGGUGGCUGAAAAUGAGAGCUACAACAAGAUGUCGCUGCACAAUCUGGCCACCGUUUUUGGACCCACUUUGCUUAGGCCGUCUGAGAAAGAUACCAAAAUCACGAUCAACAGUUCACAGCCGAUUUCCAUGAACGACAGCUGGUCGCUGGAGGUCAUGGCUCAGGUGCAAGUUUUACUCUAUUUUCUUCAGUUGGAGAGCAUUCCAGCACCUGACAGCAAACGGCAAAGCCUUCUUUUCUCCACUGAAGUAUAGCAGUUUUUUUUUUUUAGAUGGAAUGAUUGAUGCACAAUUUUGCCACUAAGUGGAGCCGUCACCUCACCAAUCUGGAAUGCGCAUGAGAGCUGACCAACUGGUUUACCACCCUGCUCGACUGACAAAUUGUAUCUUAUAUUUUCAAAGUUUUUAUACAUGUUUCGUGACGGAAUAAUUUGCAAUUCAUCAUCGGGCACUAUUUUAACAUAUGGUGAAUUUGUAACAUUGUGAUUGCUUUAACAACUUGUCACUAGUCAAUGUGGAUUGGUGGAAUAUAAAAUGGAUGUAGGUUUUCAGCUCUAUUUGCAGUGUUUGGCCCUUAUAUGCUUGUGCCACGGAUUCCUGCUGAUAACCAAUGAAGCAAUCGGUUCACUUUGUUUUUUCAUUUACCUUAUAAGAGUUUCUGAAGUAUGAGACUGAAAUGUGCAGUUAACACACAACAUGCAGGCAUGUUGACAACAAUUGAACUGGAAGAGUUUAGUUUUAUUUGUAAAACAUAAACGGUAUAUUUUAGUAGUGUCUUGGUGAAAUGCUUGAAAUAUUUUUUCCCCCUUUUAAUUAGAUGUCAGCAUUAAUUUUUUUUUUUUUUUUUAAGUCCAUUCAGUCCUUUGUUUUUUGACCCUACUAGUCUUGGUUUCCAUCUGAUUAAUGUAACUAGAGGUGCUGUAUUGGCCUUUGUAAUUGCAUUCCUUAUUUGAAAUUCUAUCUUUACAUUCCUGAUUGCAACAUUCUCAUAUUCAGGACUCCUGGGGUAUUUAAAGGCCAAUCACCCCUUAACAGUAUUCAUUUUAAAGAUUUGUGAAAUUGUACAGUGUUAAGAGUUACUUUUCCAAAUUUGCUUUGAUUCAUGUUGAAUACACAAUUGCUUCUAGUGAACACUGACUAAACUGUAUGAUUUCUGUAAAUAAAGAAUUACUUGACAACCCGAUAUCAUUGUCACAAUGUGUGUUUUUAGUCAAAUAGAAAUAAUUUAACUUUCAUGUAUGGUCUACUAGGGAACUUAAUCCAGAAUAAAAUAUUAAACCACUCUCAUUUCAGUCUUUGGUGGUCCAAUCGCUCUGGUCAUGUGACAUUCGUCUUUUAAUCCACACAUUCCUGGGAAUAUAGCGCUGAAUAAAAAAUGAGAAUGAAAGCAAGAACAAGGAGGUUCAUGUAAUACAGUAAAUAGGAAUGUGUUGAAAUGAUUUAAAUUGUCAUGUUUGAAUAAUAAAUCGUGAAUUAUUCAUAUUGUUUUAGCCUUUAAAGGUCAAUCGUAAUCAUAGCUAAUAAUUAAAGGUGACCUGGCACCGAAUUCCAUCCCUCACCCCCCUCUGAUUCGUGCAUAAGAAAGGUAAAAAUAGGUGGUUGAAGUUCAUCCUGGUGGCUUGAUUUCAUU